CCUACGUCAUCAGAGUGCGAACACACCGAGGAACAAGCGCCACAGUUUUAAUGCGCCAAAUAGUUUUUUUGAGGGAAGGCAUUUUCAGCUCAUAUCUAGAGCACAACAUAUUUGGGUCGGGCCUCUCUCUCUCUCCAUCUGGACAGUGUACCCAUAGCAUCCUCGUACGAUGAGUUUAUUUGGGGCAACCUCCGGGUUCGGAAGCAGCGGGGACCGGUGUCUUGGAAACGCAACAACAGACAGCCACAAUCCCCUCCAGGAUGUUGAAGUGACUUCCCCUCCAGAUGACAGCAUUAGCUGUCUGGCUUUCAGCCCCCCCUCCAUGCCGGGGAACUUCCUCAUCGGAGGAUCCUGGGCCAACGAUGUCCGGUGCUGGGAGGUUCAGGACAAUGGGCAGACGGUCCCCAAAGCCCAACAGAUGCACACAGGUCCGGUGCUGGAUGUAUGCUGGAGUGACGAUGGGAGUAAAGUCUUCACUGCUUCCUGUGACAAAACGGCCAAGAUGUGGGAUCUUAACAGCAAUCAAGCUAUGCAGAUUGCACAGCAUGAAGGUCCGAUCAAGGCAAUCCACUGGAUCAAAGCCCCGAACUACAGCUGCAUCAUGACGGGCAGUUGGGACAAAACACUGAAGUUCUGGGACACCCGGUCUCCCAAUCCCAUGAUGUCUCUGCAGAUGCCAGAGAGAUGCUACUGUGCAGAUGUUGUGUACCCCAUGGCUGUGGUCGCCACGGCGGAGAGAGGCCUGAUAGUGUACCAGCUGGAGAACCAGCCCUCUGAGUUUCGCAGAAUAGACUCUCCUCUCAAACAUCAGCAUCGAUGUGUCGCCAUAUUCAAGGACAAGCAGAACAAGCCCACUGGCUUUGCACUGGGAAGCAUUGAGGGCCGAGUCGCCAUCCACUACAUCAACCCUCCAAACCCAGCCAAAGACAACUUCACCUUCAAGUGUCACAGGUCGAAUGGAACCAACACCGCCACGCCACAGGACAUCUAUGCUGUAAACGCCAUCUCUUUCCAUCCGGUUCACGGCACACUGGCGACCGUGGGCUCAGACGGACGCUUCAGCUUUUGGGACAAAGACGCCCGCACCAAGUUGAAGACCUCCGAGCAGCUCGACCAGCCCAUUACAGCUUGCUGCUUCAACAGCAACGGCAACAUCUUUGCAUACGCCUCCAGUUACGAUUGGUCAAAGGGCCACGAGUACUACAACCCCCAGAAAAAGAACUACAUCUUCUUGAGGAACGCUGCCGAGGAGCUGAAGCCUCGGAACAAGAAAUGGUGA